AUGGCAGUGGUGGUCGGGGACCCCGGCGGGCCGGUGGAAUCUGUGGAGGUGGCGAAUGACGCGGAUGGCGGCUUCACGUAUCGACAGUACCACAAUGAGCGCGACCUUGCGCAAGUGAUGCACCUGGUGGACAACGAGCUGAGCGAGCCCUACUCGAUCUUCACCUACCGCUACUUCCUGCGCAACUGGCCCUCGCUGUGCUACCUGGUGUACGACGGCGACCGGUGUUUCGGGACUAUCGUGUGCAAGCUGGACGAGCACGCCGGCCGCAUGCGGGGCUACCUGGCGAUGCUGGUGGUGGAGAGGGAGUACAGACACAAAGGGGUAGGAACACAAUUAGUAAUGAAGGCCAUCUCUGGGAUGAUCGAACAGGGGUGUGAGGAAGUCACACUCGAGGCUGAAGUGACCAAUCAGGGGGCACUCAAGCUGUACCAGAAUCUGGGAUUCAUACGUGACAAGCGGCUACGAAGGUGA